CGGAAGUGUUCUGUAGUUCACAGUCAUCUGACGGAGCAACAACAACGUCGAACGUUACAGCUCAGACGGUCAAAGAUGGCCUACCCUAAAUCCCACAACCCGUUUGCAGAUGAUGACGAUGAGGAAGAUUUUAAGCCUAAAAGUAGGGGGUUUAAUGACGACUCCACAGACAGCGGGAUGAGUGAUGCAGAGCGAAGGCAGAGGUACCUCCAGCAGGAAGUGAUGCGAACUGCUCAGUCUGCUGUGGACAGCAGCUACCGUUCCCUCGGCCUCAUCUAUGAAUCAGAGAAGAUGGGUGUGGAAACUGCAGAGGAGCUGAUACGACAGGGUGAGGUUCUGAAGAGGACGGACAAGAUGUUGGACAACAUGGAUCAGGACCUGAAGACUAGUCAGAGGCACAUUAACGGUAUCAAGAGUGUGUGGGGCGGCCUUGUCAAUUACUUCAAGGGGAAACCAGAGACAAAGCCACCACCUGAGGAGGCAAAAGCCUACCAGGCCAGCGAAGGAAUACAGAACGCUUUGUCUAGCAGCAGACAGCAUGAAGACAAGUACCAAGCCAGCCACCCCAACCUAAGAAAGUUGGAUACAGGAGGAUUUGGAGCUGCGGCAUCACUGGAUGGCAGUUCAUCUAGACAGAGUGGAUGCCCUCAGAACAGACACCUCAGGGAGGCUCACCAGACCCUUGACAAAAAUUUAGAUGAGAUGUGCGAUGGCUUGAGCAGACUGAAGAACCUUGGUCUUGGUCUCCAGUCUGAGAUUGACAACCAGGACGACUCCAUUGAUGCUCUUCUGAAUAAAGUGGACAAGAUGGAUAGCAAGAUCCAGAACACAAACCAACAGAUCAAAAAACUCAAAUGAAACAAACACUUGGACUUACUGACAAAAGACAACAAUAGGUCAUCCUCUCACUUGUCUCUCCAUCCAGGCUUUUGUUGAUUACAGUAUGUAUUCUUUGAUUUUUUAAAAGUUUUUUAUGGAUGAAACUUGUAACUCUAGCAGAUAAACAAGUGAACCUAUUUUUGUCCUUAUUAUUUUCGUCUUGAAUGCCUGAAGGUCAUUUCUCGUUUCAGAUUUGCCCACAAAUUUUAAGUUUCCAUAGAAAUUCUUCCUUCCACUUCACUGAUUUUUUAUUUUUGUGCUUUGAAGGAAAGACUCUGUUUCGUGUGUGUAUUGAUGUAAAAGACUGUCUCUGUCCAGGUUAAAACACUUCAUUGUCUCCAUCAAGCUGCACUGCACUUCUGUGUAAAUGGAGUUUGUUGGAUUUGCAUUGGUUUGGGUGAUCAGAGCACCCGAGAUCAGAGAACAGCUUUUCUUGAUUGCCAAAGACGUUCCAGUGGCUACGAGUUCGCUCAUUAUUCAGGCAAAACAGAUGACUGGUGAGUAAGGUGUACGUCUAAAACUAGAAUGUUUUGUGUUUAUAGUUCAUUUGUCAGUGCUAACUAAUUCCUGGACCUGCCUUUACGUACAUACAGAAACACUUUGGAUGUCUGCUCAAGUCACUUUUGCCUUACAGAUAGCUUGUAUGUACAGUACACUAUGGUAUUGUGUCUGCUUCUGUCUCCAGUGGUAUUUUCUCACCACAAGUUGCUUCACUUUGUAUGUAUGUUCAUGUUCCUCAGUGCUUUCCUUAGCUUUAUAUCAAUUGUUUCUAUAAAUAUUUUAUUGAAUGCUGCAGAAUGUGAUGGAGUGAAUGAUUGUACAUCAUGUGAACAAGCUAGCUGUGAAUAUAAUAUCUCAAAACUGAAAGAAUAUCCCCAUUAUCAUCAUCAUCAUCAUCAUACAUCCUCCCUGGGAUGCUUUUAUGAGUAGAUUAACCACUACCAUGUUUUUUAUGAAUUAAAACACAUGGGUAUCGUAAUGAAAUAUUACGAUAAUGAUUUAUGGUCACAAGGUUUCAUUUUUGCUACGUAUAUCAUGUUUUCUUUUCAAAACCACGUACCCAAUAAAAACAUAUGUGAGGGGG